AUGGCCGCCAAAUUCGAAAACAUCAACACCUCCGCGGUGCCUCCUACACAGGAAUCUACGAUGAUGGACAGCCAGACUAUGGCGCAGUUGACGCACACGCUGCAGACUGUGGCUAUCGCAACCCUCUUCUUCGCAGUCUGCGCCUACGUUCCGAAACUUAAACGAAAGGCCCAGCUGGGAAGCCUGCCGGUUCUCGGCGGAGAGACCGGAGAGAAACACCGACAGGCAUACCUCACUUCUGCUAAGAAGAUGUAUGAAGAUGGUUACGCUAAAUUCAAAGACUCUGUGUACAGAAUUGUAGGAGAGCAGGGCGAAGACAAUAUCGUCAUACCCUCAAGUCUGCUCCCAGAGCUGCGAAAACUCCCGGAUGAUGUUCUCAGCUUCCCUGCCGCCGUCAAGCAGCUCAUGGAAGUCAAAUACACCAAACUGCAGGUUGAGGGAGCGACCGGUCUUCAUUCGGUCAAGCAUGACCUCACACCAGCACUCCCUCGAUUAAAUCCAACAAUCGCUACGGAAGUCGACAUCGCUCUACGAGAGUCUAUGCCCCCAUGCGAAGAAUGGACUGACGUUUACAUCUUCAAAGAGCUCGUCGAUGUCAUUGCAAAAGUCUCCGGUCGCAUAUUCGUCGGACCAGAGCUAUGUCGCAACCCAGAAUACAUCAAGCUUGGAACGAACUACACAAUGGAUCUCGUUGCAGGAGUCACAGCUUGCAAGAAGGUCCGCCCAUGGCUGAAGCCGUUCCUGUGUCCCCGCCUCCCAGAGAUCGUCAAGCUUCGCAAGAUCGAGCAACAACUGAGCGACUUUCUGCACCCGAUCGUAGAGGAGAGGAUGACCGCCAAGGCGAAAGAUCCGAAUUGGCAAGAGCCAGACGACAUGCUGCAGUGGAUGAUCACGAGGGGUAAAGGUAAAGACACGAUCGACGAAAUUACCAGGUUCCAACUCGGUCUCAUCUUCGCCGCCAUCCACACCACAAGCAUGACCGUCACCAGCAUUAUGCACACACUCGCCGUCACGCCAGAGUACAUCGAUCCUCUCCGUGAGGAGAUCCGCAAUGUCAUGUCCAACAACGAUGGAGUCAUUACUUCCCGCGCUCUGCAACAGAUGGAGAAAGUUGAUAGCUACAUGAAGGAAGUCAUCCGCUUCUACCCAACAGGCUACAGUAAGUUAAAUCCUCUCGAUAUGGAUCACUCUUGGAGAACAUCACAACUAACCCUACCCCCUCCAGCGGCCUUCAACCGCCGCGUCCUCAAAGGCAUCACCCUCAGCAACGGCCAAUACAUCCCACCCGGUGUCACCAUCGAAGUCCCCUCGGCAGCCGUCUACCUCGACGAAAAGAACUACCCCUCCGCCGACGAAUUCGACGGUUUCCGCGCCUACAAGGCACGCCAGAGCGGCAAGGCAGCGGACAUUGCACGCAACCAGUUCGUCACCACCAACGAGACCAACCUCAACUUCGGCUACGGAGCCCACGCUUGCCCGGGCCGCUUCUUCGCUGCCAAUGAGAUCAAGAUGAUUUUGGUUAGGCUGAUCCUCGAGUAUGAUGUUAAGAUGCCGAACGAUGAGACCGUCAGGUAUCCGAUGGUUGAUGUGAGCACGCAGAGUAUGCCUGAUCCGACGAAGGCGUUGAAGUUUAGGAAGGUGCAGAUUUGA